AGCAGAAACGUGUGCUUCGUUUUCGGCGCUUCAGUGUUCGUUCGAUUGAAAAUACACAUAAUUGCACAAAAUAAUAAUUUAUAAGCACAAAUUAAUUAUUAUUACAAAAAAUAAUUGCUUAGAAAGGUGCCAAGUAAAACGAAUUCCAAACAAAAUAAUUUAACGUUACUUCCUAAUUGCGAACAUCCGAAGAGCACCCUCUCACAGUUAGGUAAUGACGAGUAGUACGGGUCCGAGAAUUGUUAUCAUAGGCGCAGGCGUCUCUGGCAUUUCCUGUGCUGUACGACUGCUCGACUAUGGUUUUCAAAAUGUACUACUACUGGAGGCCGAGCCUCGUAUUGGCGGGCGUGUGCAUACUAUACCGUUCGGCGAAAAUGUCAUAGACUUGGGCGCACAGUGGUGCCACGGUGAAAAAGACAAUAUUAUCUUUGAGCUGGCCAACAAACAUAAUUUGCUCGAAUCGACGGGUGACGUCUAUGAAAAUUACCAGUGUAUACGCUCUAAUCGAGAGGUUGUGCCCGAAAGUGUGAGUCAACGGCUGAAGGAUAUCGUCAAUGACAGCUUAGUGACGCGACAAAUGGAGCUGCGUAACUGCAACGGUUCAUUGGGUAGCUAUUUAACAAAUAAAUUCUACGAGGCUUUGCGUAGACCUGAAAAUUCCGACAUCGAUAUGGCGAUAGCUAAAGAAUUCUUCGAAAAUUAUCAAAAAUUCGAGAACUCAGUAGAGGCCUCGGACACGUUAGACGAGGUAUCCGGUCGUGGCUAUUUGGAAUAUUGGGAAUGUGAGGGCGACAUACUACUCAACUGGAAGGAUAAGGGAUUCAUUGAAUUCUUACGUUUGAUGACAAAAGCGCGUGAGUUGGACAAUGAAUUGGGCGUACUGGAGAAGCGUGUAUUGUUGGGCAAACGUGUGACACAAAUUCACUGGCGCCGCAAUGAUUACGGUGUGGAUGUGAAGUGUGCCGAUGGUGAGGAGAUUAUUGCUGAUCACGUGAUACUCACAGCAUCGCUGGGUGUACUCAAGGAACAACAAAUGACACUUUUCGAACCGAAAUUGCCUGUGGAGAAGCAACGUGCCAUCGAUGGAUUGGCUUUCGGCACGGUAAAUAAGAUAUUUGUGGAAUUCCCCAAAAAGUUUUGGCCUGACGACUGGACUGGUUUUACAAUGCUGUGGCGCGAGGAAGACAUCAACGAAAUACGUGGUACUUCACGCGCUUGGCUAGAGGAUGUGUUCGGUUUUUACUGUGUUAGCUAUCAGCCAAAAAUUUUAAGCGGUUGGAUUAUUGGUGCCAACGGACGUCACAUGGAGACAUUACCUGAAGAUGAAGUGCUUGAUGGUUGCAUGUAUCUCUUCCGCAAAUUCUUGCAAUGGGAUAUACCCAACCCAUGUAGCUUUAGAACUUCAGCCUGGUAUACGAAUGCCAACUUUCGUGGCUCUUACUCAUUUCGUUCCAUGAACACCGAAGAGAUCGGCACCAGCGCACGCGAAUUGGCGCAACCGCUCACGGUCGUCACGAGUCCGCCACUAAGUAACGGCGGCGAGUCGAAUGCGAAUCCACUCUAUCCACAAACACGUUGUGAUAAACCGAUCGUGCAAUUCGCCGGCGAAGCGACCAGUGAUCACUACUACUCCACCGUGCAUGGCGCUGUGGAGGCGGGUUGGCGCGAGGCGAAGCGCUUGGCGGAUUUCUACGGUAUGCCAAGAAAUGGCAGAAAAGAACCAAGAGCACAGUUAUAACAGUUUUAGGACUUUGGAUGCUAGCAGUGACACGUGUUGAAUAAUUUCGUCUCACGUUAGCCACUGUUGCAGGCAUUCAGAGUCCCGAAUAUGCAUAUUGAAAGACAUAAAUCGACAAAUUUCCAGUACUAUCCUCAAGUAAAUAUACAGAGAAUUGUAUUCUAUUAAAGACACUACCUGCUUAACUUCCAUUCAACUAAGAAAACUAAAAUAAAUCAGUCGGUAAUUAUAUAACUAUAACUAUUUUUAACAGUAAAGUCAGCGCUCAAUUUCCAAAGUUAAAAUAUCUUUAUUUCUUUGUAAAAAUUAGUAGUGGUAGCGAUGAUGCAACGCUCGGAAAGCUAUAAAAUCACUUAAAGAAUUGUUUAAGAUUGCUUUGUGAGGCGUUGUGCUUACAUUUAGCAUACCCGCAGGCGUUCCUGUUGUGAUCUCUGGGCGUUGCAUAUUUAUUGCCUUUUGUUCGAUUUUAUUAUUUUUCAUUUCGUAUUCGGUUAUUAAAAUUCAAAUGGUUGCCAUGCAAUU